AUGGCCGAAAGAAUAUCAUAUUUGGGAUAUAAUAUUCCACCAGAAGUUAAAAAUAUGAUACCAGUUGUACAGAAAUUUGAACAAUCAUUUUAUAGAGAUAUUUUAUCAAUGGUAGCACUUUAUAUGAAAACUAAAAAGAUCACAUUAAAUAAAAAGGAAGAAAACGAUAGAUUAGAACAAAUUACAGAUUCAAUUCAUAAUAAAUUAACAAUAUCUGCAAAUGAUAAUAAAGUUGAUCCAAAUUUAUCAUCCAUUGUAUUCACAGGUUUAUAUUAUAUUUUAAAGAUUGCAAUUAAAAAAAAAGUCAACAAUCAAACAUUUUUAGCUGAUAUUACAGAUCUUAAAUUACCACAACCAUUAAUAACUGAUUUAUCAAAUAUUUAUAAUAAUCAAGGUAAAGAUUUAGCAGAAAAAUCAAAUAAUGAUAAAAUUUUAUUCCCAAAACUAGAAACAUUUAAAUGGAGAGUUGACGUUAUUAUUAGUAGCAGUUUUACAUCAAGAGUACUUAUACCAGUUAUUUUAAUGGAAAUGGCUGAUAACAAUGGAAAAACUAGAGUAUUUGAGGUUUCAGUUGACACAUUCCACAAACUUCGUUAUAAUGUAGCAAAGGUAUUAAAAGAUUUAGAAGAUUUAGAACAAAACCAAAUUAUUUCAAAAUUAGAAAAUAAAUUAAAUUAG